CAGGAGCCGUGUGAAGGGCUGCUUCAGCACUGGGAGGCACAGUGGCAGGAGUUCUUGAAGACAGUGGAGUCUCCUCAGUCAAACUGGGCCGUCCCACAGGCACUGGAGGAGCCCACCACACCAUGGGGCAACCCGAAGGCCUUUCUGGCCACCUUUGAGCAGGUGGCUGAAGCCUGCCGGUGGCCCAGAGAAGAAUGGGCGCCCCGGCUUCUGCCGGCCCUCUGCGGUGAAGCUGAGCAGGCCUUUAGCAGGCUGAAGGUCAAAGACAGAGAGGAUUAUGGGAAGGUGAAGGCAGCCAUCUUACGAGGGGAUGCCUUGAAGAGGGAGAAGCAGCGCCAGCACUUCCGGCACUUCCGCUACCAGGAGGCGGAGGGGCCGAGAGGGACGUGGCUCCGGCUGCGGGAGCUUUGCCAUGGGUGGCUGAAAGUUGAGAGACACACCAAAGAGGAGAUCCUGGAGAUGUUGGUCCUGGAGCAGUUCCUGAGCAUCCUCCCAGCAGAGAUCCAGAGCUGGGUGCGGGAAUGUGGCCCAGAGACCUGCUCCCAAGCGGUGGCCUUAGCUGAGGAUUUCCUGCACAGAGAUGCGGAGAGAAUGGAAAAACAGGUACUGACGCUGCUUGCAGAGGCGGCUGUGAGCUUCUCUGAAGCAGGCCAGGCACCGGGUCAUUCCGGGCAGAAGCAGCUGUGCUUGGAAACCAAGAAGGAAGAUAACGAGGAGGCCAGCUUGCUUGCUGUGAAAGGCUACCUAAAUUUAAGUGCUGAGCAAAAAUAUACCUCGGAUGGCUCACAGCCAGGGAGACCCUACGGGACAUUGGUGGGGAGAGUGGAGGAGAAUGUUGUUUCCUGCGUCAAGCAGGGCAGCUUCCCUGAGAAGUGGCACAGACAGGAGUUCCAGGAAACCCAUCCAGAGAAGAGAGCAGGUCAAUCAGCCCCUAGUGUGGAAAGUCACAGGGGGGUCGGCGAAGCCACAGUUCAGCAAAAAGUUCACCAGGAUCACAGGCAGAUGAGAACCUUUGAAGAGAAUAACAUGCAGCAGCAGAGCUUGGAGAGAAUAGGCUGGUAUGAGAUGUAUCCCGGGAGCUCGAGAGACAUUUCCCUUCUUCGUCGGGAAAGAGCCCAGAAGGCACCCUACCAGUGCACGGUGUGCGGGAAAAGCCUCAGCCGCAAAGACAACCUGAUGAGACAUCAACAGAUGCAUGCUGGGAAAACGAAGCCCCACCAAUGCUCUUCCUGCUUGAAAACCUUCCGGGACAAGUCCCACCUUAUCCGGCACGAGCGAAUCCACACGGGGGAAAAGCCCUAUAGCUGUUCCGUCUGCGGGAAAAGCUUCAGCUGCAACUCAUACCUCAUCGUUCACAAAAGGAUCCACACGGGGGAGAAGCCAUACAAGUGCCCCGUGUGUGGGAAGAGCUUCAGCUGCAAUUCUUACCUCCUCCGCCACAAGAGGAUGCACACGGGGGACCGGCCCUACAAGUGCCCCGUCUGUGGGAAGAGGUUCACUUGCAAUUCCAACUUGAUUUUGCACAAAAGGACUCACACCGGAGAGAAGCCCUACAACUGUUCCGCUUGCGCCAAGACCUUCCGCCAGAGGUCCCACCUGAUUUUCCACGAGAGGAUCCACACCAAAGAGAAGCCCUUCAAGUGCUCGGCCUGCGGGAAGAGCUUCGGCCGCAACGCGCAGCUGAUUCAGCACAAGCGGAGCCACACGGGCGAGAAGCACUACCAGUGCCCCAUCUGCGGGAAGAAGUUCAGUUGCAUGUCGUACUUGAUUCAGCACGAGCGGAUCCAUGGGCAGGACAAGCCGCACAACUGCCCAGACUGCGGGAAGACCUUCCGGCGGAGCACGGAGCUCUCUUCGCACCGAAGAACCCACACCGGGGAGAAACCGUAUCAGUGCUUUGAAUGCGGGAAGACCUUCAGCUGGAGCGCAGGCCUGACCUCCCACCAGAGAACUCACACUGGGGAGAAACCGUACCGUUGCUCGACAUGCGGGAAGAGCUUCAGUCGGAAACGGCUGCUGAUCAUGCACGGUCGCUUCCACGUGGGGGAGAAACCCCUUCAGUGCACCACAAGCGGGGAGAGCUUCAGUCAGAAUUCGCAUCUUGUUAGACAUGAAAAAACCCACAUGGCGGAAGCUGUAUAAACAGGCGCCGAGUGAUUAAAAUGUGGGAUUCGCCACCAGAGGAUACAGUGAU